UGUUCAGUGGUUCUGAGGUGUCUCAACAGUCCCUACACAACAGCCCGCUAAAGCCCCGAGCUGAACCUCCACGACAGUGACACCUCACCCCUCCAUACCAGCUGGCUCUUGUCUCAGUGGACAUGGCCCACAAAAGCCACCUUCAACCCAGCAGCCUGGACUGGGCCCUGCGACUGAUCCUGGCUUGGAUCUUCUUGGUGGCCUGUGGAGGGAGCCACCCACUGCAAGUUAUGUUCUGGGGACACCCUGGGCUGCCAGCCAGUGUGGGCACAAAUCAGCUGCACCUAGCAGGGCAUCCUCAGUACUCAGCUCCACAGCCUUACCCGAGGAUCCAAGAUCCUGGUUCACAGACAUCACCAGUUCCAGAAACUUGCUGUACUUCAGAGAUAGACGGGCCAGAGGCGUCAAGCCCAGGGGCCCGUCUAGAGAGCUGCGGUGUGCCAAGCCCAGAAUGUGAAUUCUUCUUGGGACGCCUUCAACGUGCCCUCCGCAAUCGCUUCCAUCCGCUGCUGCUUGGUGUACACCGGGAGCAACCUCUCUGCCCAGAGCUCUGCCAGAUUUGGCUCACUACCUGCAAGGCAGAUUUUACCUGUGGCCCAACUUGGCUGCAGCCCUCUGGGAAGAGGGGCUGUGAGGCCAGUUGCCGCACCUAUGGGCAGACCUUCGCCAAUGCGGAAGACCUGUGUCACACAGUCCUGGGCCACAUACUACAGGUGGCAGCUCCUGGUUCACGCCACUGUCUCAAUGUCUCCACCUCCUCUCCAAGGGCCCGCCGCUCUCGCACCUGGAUCUUGAAUGCUGCAGGCAGUGGCAGCGGUAGCGGCAGCGGUGACAGCCCUGAGUAGGAGCCACCUAGAGUCACAGCCCUCUCCUCUCCCUCCCAAACCACGCCCUGGGGUUGCCUAGACAGACUUUUUCUACCCAUUAUCCUAAAAAUGGCUCACCGCUCACUUAUUUUGCUCUCUUUCCCAGAAUAAAGUUACUGCCUAGACCACGUUAUACGAUGUGGUUGCUACUUGGAGAAGUAGUCAGGAAGAACUGCAAAAAAAAAAAAAAAUCUCGCCGGGCAGUGGUGGC